CCUGUCACGAAUAUAUACGCAGCACCAGACGCUGAGCUGCACACUUUUUUUAGUGACUUUCGUGGAUAAACUGAUUUUGAAGAGUCAAUUUUCUUCCAUUGUGCCAAGUCCAAUUAGAAAAAAAAAUAAUUCAUCAUGCCUGGACGUCCUCUUUGGCAGGUUGCAGGAAAGCGUGAACCUGAACAAGAAGCAGAAGCUCAACAAUGGAUCGAAAGAGUUAUUGGAGAGAGAUUUCCUCCUGGCAUUGCAUACGAAGAUGCCUUGAGAGACGGUGUCAUCUUCUGCAGACUAAUGAACAAACUUCAACCUGGAAUUAUUUCAAAAAUUAAUACUUCCGGUGGAGAUUACAAGAUGAUGGACAAUCUCAAUCAAUUUCAGAAAGCUUGUGUCAAAUAUGGAGUACCUGACGUUGAUCUAUUCCAAGCUGUUGAUCUAAUGGAACGCAAAAAUAUCUCCCAAGUGACGAAUACAAUCUUUGCUAUCGGUCGCACUACGUACAGACAUCCAGAAUGGCGUGGUCCAAGUUUGGGACCAAAACCAUCAGAAGAACACAAACGACAUUUCACCGAGGAACAAUUGAGAGCAGGAGAAGCUGUUAUUGGCUUGCAAGCUGGUUCAAACAAAGGAGCCAAUCAGUCUGGUCAAAGCUUCGGUGCUACGAGAAAAAUUCUCCUUGGAAAAUAGAAAAUCGAAAAGUUAUAUAAUUUCUCCUUUAUUCUUUUAAAAAUUAUACAUAUUACACUGUUAUUCAUUUGUUAUUAGUUUAUUUGUUUAACUUUAUUGUAUUAUUAUAAUUAAUCAGGAGAAAAAAAAUCGUAAUACUUUAAUUACUUUAUAAUUAAUUAAUUAUUUGAUUGAUUAAGUAUUGCAAUGAAUUAAUUUUAAUUGAAUAUAGUUCUUCAUUCAUUCGAUUGGA